AUGGCCAACUCCAAUCAACUACAACAAUCGGUCAUUGACCUCAAUGCUGCCCGCCAAAAGGCCACAUUCCCAGUCGACUUGUUGACGACGUUUAUCCGUGGUGGCCCUGAAGCCUUAGCCAAGCGACAGCAAAUACGACAAAUAUUGGAAAAUGAACCAGCAAUUGACAGCUCUCGUGCCGCUUUUCAAAGCCGUCAAGAGCAACUUGCUGAUUCGAUUGUUGCUGCAAGACGCAUGAUUGAAAUUGCCGAAGAACGCAACAUGUCCUUUGAAGAAUACCUGCAAAUGAUCGCCAUUUCAGAAUACCCCACACCGCUCACACUCAACUAUGGAGCUUUCAUACCAGUCAUUCAGUCUCAAGGCACAGAUGAGCAAAUUGCAAAAUGGUUGACAGCAUCCAAGCGACAUGCCAUCCUUGGUUGUUACGCACAAACGGAGUUGAGUCACGGAUCCAAUGUCGUUGGUCUACAAACCACUGCCACCUUUGAUGAAGCCACCGAUGAAUUCAUUAUCAACAGCCCUGAUAUCACGGCUGCAAAGUGGUGGAUCGGUGGUUUAGGUGUUGCAGCCACCCAUGCUGUUCUACAGGCCCAAUUGAUUCUCAAGGGCAAGAACUAUGGUCCUCACAUUUUCAUUGUGCCUAUUCGAUCGCCAGUUGACCACAAACCUGUCAAGGGCGUCACUGUUGGCGAUAUCGGCCCCAAGGCGUAUGGUGGAUUCAGUGUUACCGAUAAUGGAUUUGCCUUUUUCGAUCAUGUUCGCAUUCCUCGAGACAACAUGUUGAUGCGAUUUGCCAAGGUUUCCAAAUCGGGUGAAUACACACCACCUGUUCAUUCCAAGCUGUCAUAUGGAAGCAUGGUCAAGCUACGUGUAGGCAUUGUAUCGGAUGCUGGUUGGCGAUUGGCUAGAGCGUGUACGGUGGCUGUGAGAUACUGCACAAUGCGUCGACAAUUUAAUGCCAAGGCAGGGGAUGGAUUGGAGUCCCAAGUCAUUCACUAUUCUUCCGUCAAGCAUCGUUUGUUCCCAUUGAUUGCUUCUGCUUAUGCCUUGAUCGUGGGUGGCAUGAACUUGGGUGAUGAUUUCAAUCUUAUGACCGAGCAGUUGGCAAGACAAGAUGCUCACAUGCUUCCUGAGAUGCAUAUUACCAGUUGUGCGCUAAAGGUAUGGGGUGCUCGCCGUGGUUCGGAGGGUAUCGAAGAAGCACGCAAAACAAUGGGUGGCCAUGGUUUCUCGGUGUUCAGUGGUGUCUCUGAACAAUUUGCCAACUUUGUACCUGCCAACACGUAUGAAGGCGAGAAUUUUGUACUUUGUCAGCAAGUGGGUCGUGCUCUUUUGAAGCAAAUCAAAAACUUGGCUACCGGCAAAGAUGUCAAUCUCAAGACGGUGGAUUAUUUGAACUUGCUCAAGCAAGGUGAUCUUACGCAGCCUGUGGCUCUUAACGGUGCUUCUUCAUUAUUGGAUUCCAACACUCAAUUGGCUAUCCUUGGUACACGUGCAGCUCGUUUGGCAGCUAACCUUGCUAAAAAGGUGCAAAGUGGUCGUGCAUGGUCUGAUCUCAACCUUGAAUGCUGGGAGAUUUGCCUUGCUCAUGCUGAAUAUCAUCUCCUCCAACAACUUGUCAACAAGGUUCAUCAAUUGCAAUCUUCAUCACAAUACUCGGCUCUUGCCCCUGUCAUCAAAUCAAUUGCUGAUCUGUUCUUCUUGUCCCUUGCAGCCAACACGGCCUUGGCAACGCUUGUCACUACUCAAACCAUUGCUCCUACCACUGCCGAGUUGAUUCAAGAUGAAUACCACCAUGCUUUGAACAACAUUGCCGACAAUGCUGUUGGUCUCACAGAUGCAUUUGGUUUCACUGACAAGGAGCUUAACACUGCACUUGGUCGAAAGGAAGGCAAUCCAUAUGGAACAUUGUGGGAUGUUGUGCAAAAGAACCCCGUCAAUUCUGAGCAAGGCAAACAACACUUUGGGGAAUUGAUGAAGACCAUCACCCACAGAAAGGAUAAUCUCUCUUAUAUCAAGGCAGCCAAGCUCUAA